CGUCAGCACAUAUUGUGAUCGUGUGAUCAAUGGUCAACAAGACAAUGUUUACAUUAAAUAACACAUAAAAAUCAGCUAUUGUCUACAAAAUUGAAAUUUAUUAUGAAAAUAUCGUCAAUUUCGCACUCCUUUAUGACGUCAUUUACCAGCUAGAAGGCGCACCUGUAUCCCUGCUCUAUUCAAGUUCCAGCACUUUUAGAAUAGUCAUUCUGCAGGGAAGACCGUAGUCUAGAAAUAAUUUAUAUUCCAAUAAAAGAAGAUAUUAACUGAAACAUCAUAAUGGCUUCUAUAGCUGUAAUAGAUUCAGCUGUUGUAGAUCCAUCUCCUAUUGUGUCACAGCCAUUGACGGUACCAGAAAUUGACAUCGCCUACGAAUCUGAUGUAUCAGAAGAUCUGAACUCCACUGCUUCACACGUCAAAGAAGCUUUUACUAAGUCAGAAAAAGGAAAGCUUCUUAAACGUAGAGAGAGACAUUUUUCUCAUGUAUCUGACUCAGGAGAAGAGGAAAAUGAAAUAGAGCACAAAACAUCCCGGCUUGACUUCCUAGCUGGGCCAUGUAAGGCUGCUGAACAUGCAGAGGAGUUUGUAAAACGUGUAUGGGAAGCUGGAUGGAGGGUUGUAAACCAUCAUAGUCUACCAGACUGGUUACAAGAUAAUGACUUUUUACACAAAGGACACAGAGUUCCAACAAAUUCAUUUAGAGAAUGUUUUAAAUCCAUAUUUAGGAUUCAUACAGAAACUGGAAAUAUAUGGUCCCAUUUAUUAGGUAUGAUAGCUUUCAUGGGGAUAGCCGGGUAUUUUUUAACUCGUCCAUCAGUAGAGAUCCAGUGGCAGGAAAAGGCUGUUUUCUCCGCAUUCUUUGCUGGUGCAAUUUUGUGUUUAGGAUUUUCAUGGCUGUUUCACACAGUGUUCAAUCAUUCAGAGAAAGUUGGCAAGCUGUUUAAUAAAUUGGACUAUUGUGGAAUUGCCAUACUGACUAUGGGAUCAUUUGUACCUUGGCUAUACUACAGUUUUUACUGUCGUCUUGUACCAAAAAUAGCAUAUUUGGUACUCAUCUUUGUUUUAGGGACUAUAUGCAUUGUUGUUUCUCUCUUUGAUAAGUUCAGGGAGCCACAAUUCAGAGGAAUUAGAGCAGGAAUGUUUAUAGCGCUUGGAUUAAGUGGAGUGAUUCCAGCCUUACAUUUUGUAAUAUCAGAUGGGUUUGACCAUGCUGUGAACUACGCCUCGCUAGGCUGGCUUUCUCUUAUGGCUGUACUGUAUAUUGUGGGGGCUCUCAUUUAUGCAUUCAGAGUACCAGAAAGAAUAUUUCCAGGAAAAUUUGACAUUUGGUGUCAGAGUCAUCAAAUAUUUCAUGUAUUUGUUCUGGCCGCAGCUUUUGUUCAUUACCAUGGUAUAACACAGAUUGCUAGUUACCGUUUAACACUUGGAGAUUGUCUUGCUACAGAUAUUAGUAGUUAGAUAGAAACAGAGGAUUGUAGGAUAGGGGAAAUGUUAUACGAGAGUUUCUGACUGGUGUGAUACAGAUUUUUAGCCCUCCAUGAUGAGUGGUUACAUGCUGUUAUGUUUUAUUGUUUCCACUUAGAUAUUGAUUCAACACUGAGGACACAUAUCAUUAUUUAUUAUAUUGUACAGUUAAGUGGUUUUAUACUCGUCUUUAAAAAAAAAUUAAAAUAAUGGAGUGAAUCAUUUGAAUAAGAAUAGUAGUAUAAUUUCAGAGAACUACUCGAUUGAAUUAUGAAUUACUUUACAGAAAACAAAGAGAAAAGAGCAAAUUUUGAUUCAGUUUACUUCAUUGUUUUCAUGUUAUUAUUAUAUAAAUGAUAACUUAAUAUACACAAAUGAAAUAAUACUAGAGUAACUCUAUAGAUCUGAACAUUUCUAAUUUUAUUUGUCAGAAUAAUUGUCAGUAAAAAUAGGUUAUUCCCGAAAUCUUUUGAUACAUGUACAACAUUAGCAUUGAUUAGGAAAAUGAUGUUUGUAAAUAUUGUUUGUCAAGAACGAGUUUAUUUAGUCAGUUAAUUUUAUUUUAUCAUUUUAUGUUUUCCUCAUAUAUUUGUAUAUACACAAGUGAAUUAACUAAUUGAUCUUUAAAAAAAUCCAAUUUAAAGUGCUUUAUCAUUAUUAUUUGUUUUCACAAUAUGAAAAAAACUUGACUUCUUUUACCAAAGAAGCUAGUUUGCUAACUUUCAUUUGUCAAUUAAUUAUUAUUCUAUGAAGACAAUUUUGAUAUUAUGAAAAGAAACAGUAAAACUAGUAUAAGAGGUAUACCUUGUUGUAAAAGUACAAAAUUGAGGAACAAAAACUUUAGAGUGCACCAUAGAUUUUGGCCUUUCCAUUACUGAAGUGACUUCUAUAGAUGAAGGAGAGACAUGUGUUUAAGUUAACUAAAACAGUUCCUACUAAAUUGUUGAUAAAUAUCCUCUUCACAUUGUUCUUACAAAUUGUAUUAAUAUAUUUGAGUUAAUGAACUUGAUUGAUUAAAGAAAUUUUGAUUUAUUUAUCAAUGAUUUAAAAAUUAAAUUACCAACAACCCAGAGCAUAAUGGUUUUUAUAUUGUUCAAUUUGAAAAUCAUACAUGUGUUUUCAUAUUUUUUCAUUUAGUUAUUCAAUAUUGUUUACAAGAUAUAUUUCAACAUUAAAGUGUACAAUGGAGGAUCUUAAAUAAUGUUAAUAUGGGUCGAAACAUGUUACAUCAACACUUUUUAUUUGAAAUAUAUAUUAAUUUAUUGAUAACUUCUUCAACAAUCUGACAUAGUGAGAGAGAAAAUCCAUGUACAAGGAAUACUUCACAUGGUUUUAUUUGUACAUGAAAUACAAAUGUAAUAGAAACUUUUAUUAUUUGAUUUAAAAAAAUUGUGACUUAGUGAUAAGAUUCUCGUGUCUGUUAUAUAUAAACAGGUUUAUGCAUUCGUAGAUCAUUGUGAUACAUGUAUGUGAUUGUAGUGUAAUCAAAAGUCUAUCUUGUCAGUUUGAAAAUAGGAGAUAAUGAAAAAAUUGAAGGUUAUUUUGAAUGUUAUUCUUUGUUUGGUGGAAAGAACAGAUUAAUUCACUACUUUUUAUGCAUUUUGGAUACUAGAUUGAUUUAAAAAUAUGUGUAUUUGGUUUUUUUUAUCAGCCUUUCAACAUUAAUAAUAUUAUUUCUAGCCAUACUAAGCCUAAAAUUAAUGAAUGACUUUAUAUUGAAUUUGUAUUCUUGUUGCAAAUUUCUUUGUCUGGCGACCGCAAAAUCAUGGCUGAGGUCUGCAAACAUUUGUAAUUUUUAAAGAUUGAUUUUCAUUUGAAACAUUGCCAAGUUCUUUAAUGAUUUAUUAUUUGGUGUGUGUGAAAUUUAUUGAUAUUCAUAAACAUCUCAGGAAUCAUAAUUGUCGAAUGGUUUGUCACAUAUUAAUGCUGACAUGUUGAAACAAUCGAGAAAAAAGCAGAAGAUCAAUUUUGAGUGUAACAGUUGAAUAUUUUAGAAUCUAUAGAUUCAUUGUUUGUACAGUGCAAUGAAAAGAACUGUAAUAACUGUAAGAGAAAAUAAUGAGCUUAUCUCCCUUUGAAUAAAGAUAUUACAAAAAAAUGUAUGAUAAUGGACAGUAAUUUGUCUUUAAAGAAAUAGAUAAAAAGCUAAAAUCAGGAAAAACUUGAUUUAACGGCAUGUUAAUUUGACCAUACUAAAUUGAAAGUAAAUGAUUUGUUUUGAUCAUCAGAAUUGGACCUAUUAAAAUUUUUCAGUGGUGAAAAUCUCUUGGCUAGUGGAUAAAGUCAGGUGACUUGUAAAAUGAUGACAUUUGAAAGAAAUCACAGUUGCCAAAAUUUCUUUUGUUUUCUAAUUGUAGUGAUGUUGUAACUGUUACUUGUAGAUAAGAGAUAUACAGAUAUGUUGAUAUUCAUUGUAUUUUGUAAUUAAAUUCCUAUAAAACGCUUACAA